AUGGGCACCUCCUCCUCUCCCAACGUGAGCAGCCCCACGACCUUGGCUGAGUCCACCACGGGCCCCUCCUCCUCUCCCAGCGAGAGCAGCCCCACGACCUCGGCCGAACCCACGACGGGCACCUCCUCCUCGCCCACCGAGAGCAGCCCCACGACCUCGGCCGAGUCCACCACGGGCCCCUCCUCCUCUCCCAGCGAGAGCAGCCCCACGACCUCAGCUGAACCCACCACUGGCACCUUCUCAUCUUCCAGAGAGAGCAGCCCCACAACUGUGGCCAAGCCCACAACGGGAACCUCCUCCUCUCCCAGCGAGAGCAGCCACUUGACUUUGUCUGAGUCCACCACGGGCACCUUCUCCUCUCCCAGAAAAAGCAGCCCCACGUCCUCGGCCGAGCCCAACACUAUCACCUCCUCAUCUCCCAGCGAGAGCAGCCCGAUGACUUCGGCCGUGUCCAACACGGGCACCUCCUCUUCACCCAGCGAGAGCAGCCCCACGACCUCAGCUGAGACCACCACGGGCACCCCCUCCACGCCCAGCGAGAGCAGCCCCAUAACCUCGGCAAUGUCCACCACGGGCACCUCCUCCGCGCCCAGCGAGAGCAGCUCCACGACCUCGGCCGACUCCACCACGAACACCUCCUCCUCACGCACCGAGAGCAGCCCCAUGAUCUCGUCCGAAACCACCACGGGCACCUCCUCCUCGCCCAGCGAGAGCAGCCCCACGACCUCAGCUGAACCCACCACUGGCACCUUCUCAUCUUCCAGAGAAAGUAGCCCCACAACUGUUGCCGAGCCCACAACGGGAACCUCCUCCUCUCCCAGCAACAGCAGCCACCUGACUUCAUCUGAGUCCAUCUUGGUCACCACCUCCUCUCCCAGAAAAAGCAGCCCCACGGCCUCGGCCGAGUCCAACACUAGAACCUCUUCCUCUCCCAGCGAGAGCAGCCCCAUGACCUCGGCCGAGUCCACCACGGGCACCUCCUCCUCGCCCAGCGAGAGCAGCCCCAAGACUUCAGCCGAGUCCACCACGGGCACCUCCUCCUCUCCCAGCGAGAGCAGCCCCACGACCUCAGCUGAACCCAGCACUGGCACCUUCUCAUCUUCCAGCGAGAGCAGCCCCACAACUGUGGCCAAGCCCACAACGGGAACCUCCUCCUCUUCCAGCGAGAGCAGCCCCACAACUGUGGCCGAGCCGACAACGGGAACCUCCUCCUCUCCCAGCGACAGCAGCCAAUUGACUUCAUCUGAGUCCAUCUUUGUCACCACCUCCUCUUCCAGAAAAAGCAGCCCCACGGCCUCGGCCGAGUCCAACACUAUCACCUCCUCCUCUCCCAACGUGAGCAGCCCCACGACCUCAGCUGAGACCACCACGGGCACCUCCUCCGCGCCCAGCGAGAGCAGCCCCAUGACCUCUGGCGACUCCACCACGGGCACCUCCUCCUUGCCCACCGAGAGCAGCCCCAUUACCUCGGCCGAGUCCACCAUGGGCACCUCCUCCUCUCCCAGGGAGAGCAGCCCCACGACCUCAGCUGAACCCACCACUGGCACCUUCUCAUCUUCCAGAGAGAGCAGCUCCACAACCGUGGCCGAGCCCACAAGAGGAACCUCCUCCUCUUCCAGCGAGAGCAGCCACUUCACUUCCUCUGAGUCCACCACGGUCACCUCCUCCUCUCCCAGAAAAAGCAGCCCCACGGCCUCGGCCGAGCCCAACACUAUCACCUCUUCCUCUCCCAGUGAGAACAGCCCCAUGACCUCGGCUGAGACCACCAUGGACACCUCCUCCUCACCCAGCGAGAGCAGCCCCAUGACCUCGGCCGAGACCACCACGGUGACCUCCUCCUCGCCUAGCGAGAACAGCCCCAUGACCUCGGCCGAGACCACCACGGGCACCUCCUCCUCGCCCAGCGAGAGCAGCCCCAUGACCUCGGCCGAGACCACCACGGGCACCUCCUCCUCGCCCAGCGAGAGCAGCCCCACGACCUCAGCUGAGACCACCACGAGCACCCCCUCCGCGCUCAGCGAGAACAGCCCCAUGACGUCGGCCGAGUCCACCACGGGCACCUCCUCCUCGCCCAGCGAGAGCAGCCCCACGACCUCAGCUGAGACCACCACGAGCACCCCCUCCGCGCUCAGCGAGAGCCGCCCCAUGACCUCGGCCGAGUCCACCACGGGCACCUCCUCAUUGCCCAGCGAGAGCAGCCCCACGACCUCAGGUGAACCCACCACUGGCACCUUCUCAUCUUCCAGAGAGAGCAGCCCCACAACUGUGGCCGAGCCCACCAUGGGCACCUCCUCCUCUCCCAGGGAGAGCAGCCCCAUGACCUCGGCUGAGUCCACCAUGGGCCCCUCCUCCUCGCCCAGCGAGAGCAGCCCCACGACCUCGGCCGAACCCACCACGGGCACGUCCUCCUCUCCCAGCGAGAGCAGCCCCACGACCUCAGCUGAACCCACCACUGGCACCUUCUCAUCUUCCAGAGAGAGCAGCCCCACAACCGUGGCCGAGCCCACAAGAGGAACCUCCUCCUCUUCCAGCGAGAGCAGCCACUUCACUUCCUCUGAGUCCACCACGGUCACCUCCUCCUCUCCCAGAAAAAGCAGCCCCAUGUCCUCGGCCGAGCCCAACACUAUCACCUCUUCCUCUCCCAGUGAGAACAGCCCCAUGACCUCGGCUGAGACCACCAUGGGCACCUCCUCCUCGCCCAGCGAGAACAGCCCCAUGACCUCGGCUGAGACCACCACGGGCACCUCCUCCUCUCCCAGCGAGAGCAGCCCCAUGACCUCGGCCGAGACCACCACGGGCACCUACUCCUCGCCCAGCGAGAGCAGCCCCACGACCUCAGCUGAGACCACCACGAGCACCCCCUCCGCGCUCAGCGAGAGCAGCCCCAUAACCUCGGCCGAGUCCACCACGGGCACCUCCUCGUCUCCUAGCGAGAGCAGCCCCAUGACCUCGGCCGAGUCCACCACGGGCACCUCCUCAUUGCCCAGCGAGAGCAGCCCCAUGACCUCGGCCGAGACCACCACGGGUACCUCCUCCUCUCCCAGCGAGAGCAGCCCCACGACCUCAGGUGAACCCACCACUGGCACCUUCUCAUCUUCCAGAGAGAGCAGCCCCACAACUGUGGCCAAGCCCACAACGGGAACCUCCUUCUCUCCCAGCGAGAGGAGCCCCAUGACCUCGGCCGAGUCCACCACGGGCACCUCCUCCUCACCCAGCGAGAGUAGCCCCAUGACCUCGGCCGUGUCCACCACGGGCCCCUCCUCCUCGCCCAGCGAGAGUAGCCCCGUAACUUCGGCCGCCUUCCCGACUGUCACCUCCUCCUCUCCCAGCGAGAGCAGCCCCACGACCUCAGCUGAAACCACCACUGGCACCUUCUCAUCUUCCAGAGAGAGCAGCCCCACAACUGUGGCCGAGCCGACAACGGGAACCUCCUCCUCUCCCAGCGAGAGCAGCCACUUGACUUCGUCUGAGUCCAUCUUUGUCACUACCUCCUCUCCCAGAGAAAGCAGCCCCACAGCCUCGGCCAAGCCCAACACUUUCACCGCCUCCUCGCCCAGCGAGAGCAGCCCCACGACCUCGGCCGAGUCCACCACGGGCCCCUCCUCCUCUCCCAACGUGAGCAGCCCUACGACCUCAGCUGAGACCCCCACGGGAACCCCCACCUCUCACAGCGAGAACAGCCCCACGACCUCGGCCGAGACCACCACGGGCACCUCCUCCUUGCCCAGCGAGAGCAGCCCCAUGAACUCGGCCGAGACCACCACGAGCACCCCCUCCGCUCACAGCGAGAGCAGCCCCAUUACCUCGGCCGAGUCCACCACGGGCACCUCCUCCUCACCCAGCGAGAGCAGCCCCAUGACCUCGGCCGAGUCUACCACGGGCACCUCCUCCUCUCCCAGCGAGAGCAGCCCCACGACCUCAGCUGAACCCACCACUGGCACCUUCUCAUCUUCCAGAGAGAGCAGCCCCACAACUGUGGCCAAGCCCACAACGGGAACCUCCUCCUCUCCCAGCGAGAGCAGCCACUUGACUUUGUCUGAGUCCAUCUUUGUCACUACCUCCUCUCCCAGAGAAAGCAGCCCCAUGGUCUCGGCCGAGCCCAACACUAUCACCUCCUCCUCGCCCAGCGAGAACAGCCCCAUGACCUCUGUCGAGUCCACCACGGGCACCUCCUCCUCGCCCAGCGAGAGCAGCCCCACGACCUCAGCUGAGACCACCACGAGCACCUCCUCAUUGCCCAGCGAGAGCAGCCCCAUGACCUCGGCCGAGACCACCACGGGUACCUCCUCCUCUCCCAGCGAGAGCAGCCCCACGACCUCAGGUGAACCCACCACUGGCACCUUCUCAUCUUCCAGACAGAGCAGCCCUACAACUGUGGCCAAGCCCACAACGGGAACCUCCUCCUCUCCCAGCGAGAGCAGCCACUUGACUUUGUCUGAGUCCACCACGGGCACCUCCUCCUCUCCCAGAAAAAGCAGCCCCACGGCCUCGGCCGAGCCCAACACUAUCACCUCUUCCUCUCCCAGCGAGAACAGCCCCAUGACCUCGGCUGAGACCACCAUGGACACCUCCUCCUCACCCAGCGAGAGCAGCCCCACGACCUCAGCUGAGACCACCACGGGCACCCCCUCCUCGCCCAGCGAGAGCAACCCCACGACCUCAGCUGAGACCACCACUGGCACCUUCUCAUCUUCCAGAGAGAGCAGCCCCACAACUGUGGCCAAGCCCACAACGGGAACCUCCUCCUCACCCAGCGAGGCCAGCUCUGUGACUUCGGCCGUGUCCACCACGGGCACCUCCCCCUCGCCCAGCGAGAGUAGCCCCGUAAGUUCGGCCGCCUUCCCGACUGGCACCUCCUCCUCUCCCAGCGAGAGCAGCCCCACAACCUCAGCUGAAACCACCACUGGCACCUUCUCAUCUUCCAGUGAGAGCAGCCCCACAACUGUGGCCGAGCCGACAACGGGAACCUCCUCCUCUCCCAGCGACAGCAGCCACUUGACUUCAUCUGAGUCCAUCUUUGUCACCACCUCCUCUCCCAGAGAAAGCAGCCCCACGGCCUCGGCCAAGCCCAACACUAUCACCUCCUCCUCUCCCAGCGAAAGCAGCCCCACUGCCUCGGCCGAGCCGAACACUUUCACCGCCUCCUCGCCCAGCGAGAGCAGCCCCACGACCUCGGCCGUGUCCACCACGGGCACCUCCUCCUCGCCCACCGAGAGCAGCCCCAUAACCUCGGCCGAGUCCACCACGGGUACCACCUCCUCUCCCCGCGAGAGCAGCCCCAGGACCUCAGCUGAGUCCACUACGGGCACCUUCUCCUCUCCCAGCAAGAGCAGCCCCACGACCUCGGCCGAUACCACCACGGGCACCUCCUCCUCGCCCAGCGAGAACAGCCCCGUGACCUCGGCCGAGUCCACCACGGGUACCUCCUCCUCGCUCAGCGAGAGUAGCCCCAUGACCUCGGCCGAGUCCACCACGGGCACCUCCUCCUCUCUCAGCGAGAGCAGCCCCACGACCUCAGGUGAACCCACCACUGUCACCUUCCCAUCUUUCAGAGAGAGUAGCCCCACAACCGUGGCCGAGCCCACAAGGGGAACCUCCUCCUCUUCCAGCGAGAGCAGCCACUUGACUUCGUCUGAGUCCACCACAGGCACCUCCUCCUCUCCCAGAGAAAGCAGCCCCACGUCCUCGGCCGAGACCACCACGGUCACCUCCUCCUCGCUCAGCGAGAGUAGCCCCAUAACCUCGGCCGAGUCCACCACGGGCACCUCCUCCUCAUCCAGCGAGACCAGCUCUAUGACUUCGGCCGAGUCCACCACGGGCACCUCCUCCUCUCUCAGCGAGAGCAGCCCCACGACCUCAGCUGAACCCACCACUGUCACCUUCCCAUCUUCCAGAGAGAGCAGCCCCACAACUGUGGCCGAGCCCACAAGGGGAACCUCCUCCUCUUCCAGUGAGAGCAGCCACUUGACUUCAUCUGAGUCCACCACGGGCACCUCCUCCUCUCCCAGAGAAAGCAGCCCCACGUCCUCGGCCGAGCCCAACACUAUCACCUCUUCCUCUCCCAGCAAGAGCAGCCCCAUGACCUCGGCCGAGACCACCACGGUCACCUCCUCUUCGGCCAGCGAGAGCAGCCCCAUAACCUCGGCCGAGUCCACCACGGGCCCCUCCUCCUCGCCCACCGAGAGCAGCCCCAUAACCUCGGCCGAGUCCACCACGGGCACCUCCUCCUCUCCCAGCGAGAGCAGCCCCACGACCUCAGCUGAACCCACCACUGGCACCUUCUCAUCUUCCAGAGAGAGCAGCCCCACAACUGUGGCCGAGCCGACAACGGGAACCUCCUCCUCUCCCAGCGAGAGCAGCCACUUUACUUCGUCUGAGUCCACCACGGGCACCACCUUCUCUCCCAGAAAAAGCAGCCCCACGGCCUCGGCCGAGCCCAACACUAUCACCUCCUCCUCUCCCAGCGAGAGCAGCCCCAUGACCUCGGCCGUGUCCACCACGGGCACCUCCUCUUCACCCAGCGAGAGCAGCCCCACGACCUCGGCCGAGUCCAGCACGGGUACCUCCUCCUCACCCAGCGAGAGCAGCCCCACGACCUCAGCUGAGACCACCACGGGCACCCCCUCCGCGCCCAGCGAAAGCAGCCCCUCGACCUCAAUUGAACCCACCACUGGCACCUUCUCAUCUUCCAGAGAGAGCAGCCCCACAACUGUGGCCAAGCCCACAACGGGAACCUCCUCCUCACCCAGUGAGAACAGCCCCAUGACCUCGGCCGAGUCCACCACGGGCACCUCCUCCUCGCUCAGCGAGAGUAGCCCCAUGACCUCGGCCGAGUCCACCACGGGCACCUCCUCCUCUCUCAGCGAGAGCAGCCCCACGACCUCAGGUGAACCCACCACUGUCACCUUCCCAUCUUUCAGAGAGAGUAGCCCCACAACCGUGGCCGAGCCCACAAGGGGAACCUCCUCCUCUUCCAGCGAGAGCAGCCACUUGACUUCGUCUGAGUCCACCACAGGCACCUCCUCCUCUCCCAGAGAAAGCAGCCCCACGUCCUCGGCCGAGCCCAACACUAUCACCUCUUCCUCUCCCAGCAAGAGCAGCCCCAUGACCUCGGCCGAGACCACCACGGUCACCUCCUCCUCGCUCAGCGAGAGUAGCCCCAUAACCUCGGCCGAGUCCACCACGGGCACCUCCUCCUCAUCCAGCGAGACCAGCUCUAUGACUUCGGCCGAGUCCACCACGGGCACCUCCUCCUCUCUCAGCGAGAGCAGCCCCACGACCUCAGCUGAACCCACCACUGUCACCUUCCCAUCUUCCAGAGAGAGCAGCCCCACAACUGUGGCCGAGCCCACAAGGGGAACCUCCUCCUCUUCCAGCGAGAGCAGCCACUUGACUUCAUCUGAGUCCACCACGGGCACCUCCUCCUCUCCCAGAGAAAGCAGCCCCACGUCCUCGGCCGAGCCCAACACUAUCACCUCCUCCUCUCCCAGCAAGAGCAGCCCCAUGACCUCGGCCGAGACCACCACGGUCACCUCCUCUUCGGCCAGCGAGAGCAGCCCCAUAACCUCGGCCGAGUCCACCACGGGCCCCUCCUCCUCGCCCACCGAGAGCAGCCCCAUAACCUCGGCCGAGUCCACCACGGGCACCUCCUCCUCUCCCAGCGAGAGCAGCCCCACGACCUCAGCUGAACCCACCACUGGCACCUUCUCAUCUUCCAGAGAGAGCAGCCCCACAACUGUGGCCGAGCCGACAACGGGAACCUCCUCCUCUCCCAGCGAGAGCAGCCACUUUACUUCGUCUGAGUCCACCACGGGCACCACCUUCUCUCCCAGAAAAAGCAGCCCCACGGCCUCGGCCGAGCCCAACACUAUCACCUCCUCCUCUCCCAGCGAGAGCAGCCCCAUGACCUCGGCCGUGUCCACCACGGGCACCUCCUCUUCACCCAGCGAGAGCAGCCCCACGACCUCGGCCGAGUCCAACACGGGUACCUCCUCCUCACCCAGCGAGAGCAGCCCCACGACCUCAGCUGAGACCACCACGGGCACCCCCUCCGCGCCCAGCGAAAGCAGCCCCUCGACCUCAAUUGAAUCCACCACUGGCACCUUCUCAUCUUCCAGAGAGAGCAGCCCCACAACUGUGGCCAAGCCCACAACGGGAACCUCCUCCUCACCCAGUGAGAACAGCCCCAUGACCUCGGCCGAGUCCACCACGGGCACCUCCUCCUCACCCAGCGAGGCCAGCUCUGUGACUUCGGCCGUGUCCACCACGGGCACCUCCUCCUCGCCCAGCGAGAGUAGCCCCGUAACUUCGGCCGCCUUCCCGACUGUCACCUCCUCCUCUCCCAGCGAGAGCAGCCCCACGACCUCAGCUGAACCCACCACUGGCACCUUCUCAUCUUCCAGAGAGAGCAGCCCCACAACUGUGGCCGAGCCGACAACGGGAACCUCCUCCUCUCCCAGCGACAGCAGCCACUUGACUUCGUCUGAGUCCAUCUUUGUCACCACCUCCUCUCCCAGAGAAAGCAGCCCCACGGCCUCGGCCAAGCCCAACACUAUCACCUCCUCCUCUCCCAGCGAGAGCAGCCCCACUGCCUUGGCCGAGCCCAACACUUUCACCGCCUCCUCGCCCAGCGAGAGCAGCCCCACGACCUCGGCAGUGUCCACCACGGGCACCUCCUCCUCUCCCAAUGUGAGCAGCCCCACGACCUCAGCUGAGACCACCACGAACACCUCCUCCUCGCCCACCGAGAGCAGCCCCAUAACCUCGGCCGAGUCCACCACGGGUACCACCUCCUCUCCCCGCGAGAGCAGCCCCAGGACCUCAGCUGAGUCCACCACGGGCACCUCCUCCUCUCCCAGCGAGAGCAGCCACUUGACUUCAUCUGAGUCCACCAUGGGCACCUCCUCCUCUCCCAGGAAAAGCAGUCCAACGGCCUCGGCCGAGCCCAACACUAUCACCUCCUCCUCUCCCAGCGAGAGCAGCCCCAUGACCUCGGCCGUGUCCACCACGGGCACCUCCUCUUCGCCCAGCGAGAGCAGCCCCACGACCUCGGCCGAGUCCACCAUGGGCACCUCCUCCUCGCCCAGCGAGAGCAGCCCCAUGACCUUGGCUGAGACCACCACGGACACCUCCUUUUCACCCAGCGAGAGCAUCUCCACGACCUCGGCUGAACCCGCCACGGGCACCUCCUCCUCGCCCAAGGAGAGCAGCAGUACGACCUCGUCCGAGAGGUCCACGAGAAUCUCCUCUUCUUCCAACAAGAGCACCUCCACGACUCCUGCUGAGUCCACCACGGGCUCCUCCUCCUCUUCCAGUGAGAGCAGCCACACGACCAUGGCUGAGACCACCAUGGGCACCUCCUCUCCCAGCAAGACUAGCCACUUGACUUCGGCAGAGUCGACCAUUGUGACCUCCUCUCCCAACGAGAGCAGCCACAUUACCUCGGCCAAGAUCUCCACGGGCACCUCCUCUUCUCUCAGUGAGAGCAUCUCCAUGACCUCAGCUCAACCUGCCACGGGCACCUCCACCUUGCCCAAGGAGAGCAGCGAUAUGACCAUAGCUGAGACCAGAACAGGAACCACCUCCUCUCCCAGCGAGAGUAUCUCAGCCACCUCGGCCGAGCCCACAACGGGCACCAGCUCCGCUGCCAGCAAGAGAAGCCACACGACCUCGACCGAGCCUAACACUGGUACCGCCUCCUCUGCCAGUGAGAGCAGCCACACAACCGUAGCUGAGACUACAAUGGGCACUUUCUCCUCUCCCAGCAAGAGCAGCCCCACGACCUCAGCCGAGUCUACCACUGGCACCUCCUCCUCUCCCAGCGAGAGCAUCUCCACGACCUCGGCUCAACCCGCCACGGGCACCUCCUCCUCUGCCAGCGAGAGCAGCCCCACAACUGUGGCCGAGAUGACAACGGGAACCUUCUCCUCUCCCAGCGAGAGCAGCCACUUGACUUCGUCCGAGUCCACCUUUGUCACCACAUCCUCUCCCAGAAAAAGCAGCGCCACAGCCUCGGCCAAGCCCAACACUAGCACCUCUUCCUCUCACAGCGAGAGCAGCCCCACGACCUCGGCCAGGAGCUCCAUGGGCACCUCCGCUUCUCACAGUGAGAGCAUCUCCCCCACUUUGGCUGAGCACACAACGGGCAUCUCGUCCUCUCCCAGCGAGAGUAUCUCAGUGACCUCGACCGAGCCCAUAACGGGCACCAGCUCCGCUGCCAGCAAGACAAGCCACACGACCUCGGCUGAGCCCAACACUGGCACCUCCUUUUCUCCCAGUGAGAGCAGCCACACAACCAUAGCUGAGACCACAACUAGCACCUCCUCUUCUCACAGUGAGAGGAGCCAUACAACCAUGGCUGAGACUACAAUGGGCACUUUCUCCUCUCCCAGCAAGAGCAGCCCCAUGACCUCGGCCAAGUCUGCCACUGGCACCUCCUCCUCUCCCAGCGAAAGCAUCUCCACGACCUCGGCUCAACCCGCCACGGGCACCUCCUCCUCGCCCAAGGAGAGCAGCAGUACGACCUCGUCCGAGAGGUCCACGAGAAUCUCCUCUUCUUCCAACAAGAGCACCUCCACGACUCCUGCUGAGUCCACCACGGGCUCCUCCUCCUCUUCCAGUGAGAGCAGCCACACGACCAUGGCUGAGACCACCAUGGGCACCUCCUCUCCCAGCAAGACUAGCCACUUGACUUCGGCAGAGUCGACCAUUGUGACCUCCUCUCCCAACGAGAGCAGCCACAUUACCUCGGCCAAGAUCUCCACGGGCACCUCCUCUUCUCUCAGUGAGAGCAUCUCCAUGACCUCAGCUCAACCUGCCACGGGCACCUCCACCUUGCCCAAGGAGAGCAGCGAUAUGACCAUAGCUGAGACCAGAACAGGAACCACCUCCUCUCCCAGCGAGAGUAUCUCAGCCACCUCGGCCGAGCCCACAACGGGCACCAGCUCCGCUGCCAGCAAGAGAAGCCACACGACCUCGACCGAGCCUAACACUAGUACCGCCUCCUCUGCCAGUGAGAGCAGCCACACAACCGUAGCUGAGACUACAAUGGGCACUUUCUCCUCUCCCAGCAAGAGCAGCCCCACGACCUCAGCCGAGUCUACCACUGGCACCUCCUCCUCUCCCAGCGAGAGCAUCUCCACGACCUCGGCUCAACCCGCCACGGGCACCUCCUCCUCUGCCAGCGAGAGCAGCCCCACAACUGUGGCCGAGAUGACAACGGGAACCUUCUCCUCUUCCAGCGAGAGCAGCCACUUGACUUCGUCCGAGUCCACCUUUGUCACCACAUCCUCUCCCAGAAAAAGCAGCCCCAUGGCCUCGGCCGAGCCCAACACUAGCACCUCUUCCUCUCACAGCGAGAGCAGCCCCACGACCUCGGCCAGGAGCUCCAUGGGCACCUCCGCUUCUCACAGUGAGAGCAUCUCCCCCACUUUGGCUGAGCCCACAACGGGCAUCUCGUCCUCUCCCAGCGAGAGUAUCUCAGUGACCUCGACCGAGCCCAUAACGGGCACCAGCUCCGCUGCCAGCAAGACAAGCCACACGACCUCAGCUGAGCCCAACACUGGUACCUCCUCUUCUCCCAGUGAGAGCAGCCACACAACCAUAGCUGAGACCACAACUAGCACCUCCUCUUCUCCCAGUGAGAGCAGCCACACAACCAUAGCUGAGACCACAACUAGCACCUCCUUUUCUCACACAAGAGCAGCCCCAUGA